AGGCGCGCCGGAGGCGGCAGGGGCUGCAGGCCCGCAGCGUCCGGCGCGCUCGGCUCUCCGCGACUCCCAGCCAGCGCCCGGGAGGCCGGCCCGCGACCAGCCGCCACCCGCCCGAGCGCCCCGCCGUCCUCCCUCGCAGUGCAAACUGCCCAGAAGAAAAAAUGGAUUGGAGCGCACUGCAGACUGUUCUGGGAGGUGUCAAUAAAUACUCCACCAGUAUUGGAAAAAUCUGGCUCACCGUCCUCUUCAUUUUUCGCAUUAUGAUCCUCGUUGUAGCUGCAAAGGAAGUGUGGGGAGAUGAGCAAGCCGAUUUUGUCUGUAACACUCUACAGCCUGGGUGCAAAAAUGUGUGCUAUGACCACUACUUCCCCAUAUCACACAUCCGACUCUGGGCUCUUCAGCUGAUCUUUGUGUCCACACCGGCUCUCCUGGUGGCCAUGCAUGUUGCCUACCAGAGACAUGAGAAGAAAAGGAAGUUCAUUAAGGGAGAGAUGAAAAGUGAAUUUAAGGACGUUGAAGAGAUCAAAACCCAGAAGGUCCGUAUAGAAGGGUCGUUAUGGUGGACCUACACCAGCAGCAUCUUCUUCCGGGUCAUCUUCGAAGCUGCCUUCAUGUAUGUCUUCUAUGUCAUGUAUGACGGGUUCUCCAUGCAGCGUUUGGUGAAAUGUAAUGCAUGGCCCUGUCCCAACACAGUGGACUGCUUUGUUUCCAGGCCCACGGAAAAAACUGUCUUUACAGUUUUCAUGAUUGCAGUGUCUGGAAUUUGCAUAUUGCUGAAUGUCACUGAGUUGUGUUAUUUGCUAAUUAGAUACUGUUCAGCAAAGUCCAAAAAACCAGUUUAACACAUAACCCAGCUACUAGUUAAAACACAGCAUGAAAAGGAGCAGGCAGUCUGUGCUUAGCUGUCAAGGCACAGCCACCAGCACUUCCCGAGAUAAAGAUUCUUACCUUAAAGCAACCGUUUGAAAUCCCUGUAGAUUCCAAGUAAAACUCCAGAUGCCUCCAAAGGAGCUCUACUCUCCUAAAGCUUCAAAACAAAGCAUUAAUUCUAUGCCCACACUUAUUUUUACUAAAAGUAGUGCCAAUGAAGCCCCAUGCUGGUGGGGUUAUGGGUGUUAGUACUUUCACAUUUGAAACAACCAAUGUGGGUGUUUUUCUCUUUCUCUAAGGAAAGAGAGACACCAGGUCCCGGGAGGAUCCCGCCAAGGUUUGGUUGGUCUCCUUGUUCCCUUUGCCGUUUUCCCAAACUGAGGAUAAACAUAGAGAAUCUCAUUUCUUCUACUUGCUUUGGAAGUUUUAAUCUGUAAUGAUGGACAAGGUUACCUAAUGCUUCAAACUGUUAUACUUUUUUUAAGUGAAAACUUUAAGAUACAUUCUUUUGAUCUACAAGAUGUUCUAAUAACCUUUAUAUGUUCCUCCUAUUUCAAAGACUAAAUGGUGUAAAAUUAGGAACUAUCAUUGAAUUUAAAAUAUGGCCUCCUAGUUACAAACAAUUUGGAAUUCCCCAAGAUGCUGUCCACUGUGGUAUGUAGCACAUAAAAGAAUUUCAACCUCUCUCAAGUGAGACAAACUAGAGAUUCUCAGUGAAAGCUUACACUAACAAGUGGCCUCAUUUCAAAAAUUUAGGUAAUUUUGCAUGAGAAAUACAGACUGGAUGUACCACAGCUACUACCAAGUACAGACUGGCUCAAGACCCCCUUUUUACCUAACAAUGUUUGCUAGUAAAUGGCAGGAACACUGAUCUCAGGAGAUUGCUUGGGAGUAUUUUAUUGCCACAGUACAAUUUAAUGGUGCAGAACAAUGGGGGGUGCGGGGUAGUUGCUAUGUUUAAAGAACCGAUGGAAAGGCUGGACUCUCCCCUAAAUUCUGAUGAUUAAAAAUGAGUUUUAUCUACUUCAAAAGUUGUUUGCUUCCCUCUUCAGCAUCCAAUUGUUUUAAGUGAAAAUAGAAUUAAUAGAUUUUUAAAAAUAGAAAGUAGAGUUUAGAUAAGUAGCAAUUCUAUAAGAAUAUUGAACCCUAAUAUUAUCAUUAUGCUUGACAUGGUUUCCAGAAAAUGGUACUUAACACACUUCAGUGAGGGUACACGUCUUUCUGUUGCCGAGAAUAGCAUUGUAAAAACAUUUUGUAAUAAUAAAUAAUAGCCUUAAUUACAUGAUUGUAACUAAAAUAAUUUUGUAAUGUCCCAAAUGUCAUUUAAAAUAUUAAAAUAUAAUUAAUUCAUAUAAUAGUUGUUUAAAAUCUAUUACAGUUUUAAUAGAACAGCAGAUUUUAAUUUCAUCUAUAGCCAAUUUUGUAUACGUAUGUAAUAUUUUACAUAUUGUAAAACCAAAACGGGUAGGUCACCAGGGUGUAUGCCCGCCACUCUGAGCUUCUUCUGCUCCCAUUAUAGAAAGUUCUCUGUCCCCAGGAAGACUGACAGGGAAGGGAAAAUGAAAGAGUGUGUCUGCCCUUAACCCAUGCUCACCUAUAGCAGGCUUUUGAUGAACACAGGCGCAGUGUGGCGCACGGAUUUGUGUGCGGCUUGGAGAAUGCUGAGUCUGGUUCACGUGACCAGAUUGGCUCCUGGAAGAAUCAUGGAAGCUGACACUUUAAAAUGUUAUUCAGUUGAAACCACAAUGUUGUUCAUGUGAAACCUUUAUAAGAUUGUAUGUCAAUGAUAUUUUAAUUUUUUUACAAAAUGUUAUUCGAAGUGAAGGUUGGCUGAGGCGUAAGAAAAAUUCUAUAAGGUGUCUUUCCUAUGGGAUUUUCUUUCUAUGUAUUGUAUGUAACCAAAGGUGGUCUUAUGAAACUGCUUUUUAUUCUUUGGUGCCCACUUCCAUGGGAAAUAAACCUGAUGGGUCAGCCUGU